AUGGUUAGAUUAAUCCUGCGAAACGCUGCUGCAGUGAUGGGAAAGAAACUCCUUGGCAAAUUGAAGCUUCCAGAUAAUUAUAGUGAGCCUAAAAUAGAAGGUUACGAUGGACAUCUAGAGUAUGAAGGAAGCACAAACAGGAUGCUUUGCAUGAAAUAUGAAUUUUACGAAAAGGUCAAAAAAUUUCGUGAAGACGGAGAUGAUUCUGAAAUCUUAGAAAUUUUCGACGCAUUGGGAGUCGGCGCAACAGAGGCACAAAUGGAAUAUCUUUGUAACUUGUUGCAUGAAUCGGAAUCUCCCGAGAUGACAAAAGAAGCUCUUCUAAUAGCUAUCUGUAUAGGAAGUCGACCAUUAGUAGAGUUGAUCCUCACACUCUUUCGGGAUUAUCCUUGGGAAGAAAGAUCAGGAUGUGCAAACUCUGCCGCAUUUCUGCCCCACAUAACUCCUCUUAUGUUGGCAUGUAUUCUCAAUAAUUUUGCUAUUGUGCAAUGUUUACUAUAUAGAAAUCACUCUCUUGAUGUUCCUCAUCAUACUAGCUGUAAAUGCGAACUUUGUCUUUUGGUUACUAAUAGUGAUAUGGACGAAAUACGGAGGGAAGACACAUUACGGGCUUUAUGUUCUGAAGCAUACUUGUGGUUAGCCACAGACGAUCCUUUCGCUGCGGCUUGUUCACUCUCUAAAGAUAUAGAUGUGUACAUGCAUAAUGAUAAUUUUGAAUUCAUGGACACUCUUCGUGUUCUUCAAACUAGCGUACGGAGAUUCACAUGUCGACUCAUGGAUAACAACUGGAGAGCAGAGGAGCUUGAUGUUUUUCUUGCUCAUAAAUGCCACUGCUCCUUGGCAACAUGCGCGAAUCCUUAUCCAAGAGUACAACUUGCGCUCGAAGCCCAUAUGACACAUUUUGCCGGCAGCCCGAAUGUGCAACGAGCUAUGGCUUGUAUCUGGUGGAGAGGAUGGGGCAACUUUGGCUCGAACUUCUCUCGAGAUUCAUAUCGAGUUCUGAGGCACGUUUUUCUUUAUCCCGUAAUUGCUUUGCUAUACAUAUUCUCAAAUGGGAAGAUUGGCAGCUCAUUUGAAGUACCUUUGGCAAGGUAUAUCAGCUACACUGCAAGUUAUAUUACCUUUAUAGCCUGUUUAAUAGCGGUACGAUAUACAAGAAUAGGGGAUAAUGUCAAAACUGUGCACACUCCUACAGGAUAUCCUGGUGGAAUGCCGUUAGAAAUCUAUACAUAUUUGUAUAUACUCGGAAUGUUAGCGGAACGAUAUAUUCAGUUUUGUCGGCAAGGAUUCGCUAAUUACUUUAGCUUUUGGUGGCGAUGGUUCGAUUUUAUGCUGAUCGGCAUCUUCUGUCUAGCAUUGCAUUUGUGGCUCACUGGUGUUCUUAUGCCUAUGGAACCUGAUCUGCAAGAACUUAACAGAAUUCAUUGGCCAGCAUGGGACUAUUUUCUUAUUUACGACAUUUACAUAUGCACUGGCUGCAUAUUGGGUAUUUGGAGAAGUUUUUACUUUUUUCAGUUAAUCAAAGGGAUUGGAGGAAGUGUCAUAUCAGUAGGCUGUUGUGUCUCAGCCAUAUAUAAUUACCUAAUCAUAAUGGGCAUUAUAACGAUAUCUUUUGCUGUUGGUGUGAAUCUACUUGUACAACCUUAUCUACAUUCGGUCGUUGUCAACGAGGACGGUAGCAAAACUGGUAUGGGUGGAGAGUUUCGUAGUAUUUUCCAAACUACACGUAGAUUAUACUGGGCCCUAUUUGGAUACCUUGAUCCAUUUAUUCACUCGACGAUAGUCAAUGGAAAUGCUGGCCCUGAACUUACACCUGUCGAUCAUUAUGUUACAGCUUUUGCUACCGAGAUGAUAUUGUGCCUUUACCAUUGUAUGAUAGUCAUAACAUUGCUGAAUCUCAUGGUUUCGCUUUUGGUCAAAAGAGCUGAUGAAGUUUUGGAUAAUGAGGAGGCCGAAUUCAAAUACACAAGAAUUGUGUUAUAUUCCGAAUUCAUUGAUUGGUCCUCUGCUGUGCCUCCACCGUUCAACUUGCUGUAUUUUGCAAAAGAGAUUGUGGUGAAAAUUUUUGAUAAAGAAGUAAUUAUGUCGUGGCCGGAGCUGUGGACAGCCCGAGACCUUUAUCGUCCUGAUUAUGCAACCACGGCGAAUGAUUGCAGUGUAUACAAUAACUUAAUGAUGACGAUCUUCUCAAGAUUCCGAGCAAGUAAAGAAUGCCAUUAUCGCACUAUAUUCAGGACAGAGUUUGAUAAGGAACGUGCGAGUGCCGAGUCGGCUGCCAAGGUUGCUUUUAUGAACAGCUACAAUGAUCAUUACGAAGCACAGAAGCUGGAUCCGAGAGUGUACGGCAAUUUUGAAGACGUCGACGUAACACAGAGAUCAACGAUGCCUCGACAAUGACAUGAAAAGCGAUAAUGAUCUGAGUUAUUUUAUUAUUAUGAACAAAUUGUUUUGUACCAUCUUUACACUUAGAAGUAUUA